UCGGGAUAGCGGCUGCUUCUCCGUGCCGCGGAGAGAAUGCGCAGGAGUGACCGGUUACGGUGUGCCGGUGCUUCGCUGCUAGUGGUCUUAUGCGGCGUGUUCCGUUCCUCCUUUGGCGGCAGAACACUACCAGCCCUCAGUGAUGACAUCCCAUUCCGGCUCAAGUGGCCCGGGCCAGACUUCACUCUGCCUACAGCAGGUAUACCCUACAAAGAGGAUAACUACAUCAUCAUGACCACUGCUGACAAAGAAAAAUAUAAGUGUUUGCUUCCUCUAAUGGCCAAUGGAAAUGAGGAACAAGAUGGUGAAUACAAAGGGCCUAGCCCUGGUGCACUACUGGAGCCACUCUUCAAACUAAGCAGCUGCUCAUACAGGAUUGAAUCAUACUGGACAUAUGAGGUGUGCCAUGGAAAGUACAUUCGGCAGUACCAUGAAGAGAAAGAAACUGGGCAGAAAUUGAGCAUACAAGAGUAUUAUCUGGGAAAGAUGAUGAAAAAGAGCACUACAGAAGCAGGUGAAAACCAGGAAGAGAAAGAGAGUACAGAAAGCCCUAAAGAAAUUUAUACAAAAAACAUUGAAGGGCAGAUGACACCAUACUAUCCAGUAGAGAUGAUAAAUGGGACACCAUGCAGUUUGAAACAGAACCAACCGCGGAGCAGCACAGUCAUGUAUAUAUGCCACCCUGAGUCAAAACAUGAAAUCCUGUCUGUAGCUGAAGUAACCACGUGCGAAUAUGAAGUUGUGAUACUGACUCCCCUGUUGUGCAAUCACCCUAAAUACAGGUUUAGAACUUCACCUAUAAAUGACAUAUUUUGCCAGUCGAUGCCAGGGUCGCCACUACGACCCCAGAGCCUGGUGAAACUUGAGCACCAGAAGGAAGAAAUCAAAUCUCCAUUAAAACCCAACAAAGAGGAAGAACAGCAGUUGCUGAGAGAGAAGUUCUCCACGAUUCACAAGCCGGUCACAGUGGGAUCUCAGCAGCAAGUAACUGUGGGAACUACUCACAUCUCCAGGCUGACGGAUGAGCAACUGAUUAAAGAGUUUCUUAGUGGUUCCUAUUGUUUUCAUGGGGGCGUUGGUUGGUGGAAAUAUGAAUUCUGCUACGGAAAAUAUGUGCAUCAGUAUCAUGAGGAUAAGGACACUGGAAAAACCACGGUUGUUGUUGGAACAUGGAAAGCUGAUGAGCACCAAGAAUGGGCUAAAAAGAACCUUGCAAGAGCGUACAUGACAACACCCGAUGGAGUCCAAACUGUAAAAACUGUAUCCCAUUUCUAUGGUGGUGGAGAUGUGUGUGAAGUAAGUGAGCAGCCAAGACAAGUAAUUGUGAAAUUAAAGUGCAAAGAGUCCGAGUCCCCUCACGCUGUUACUGUAUAUAUGCUUGAGCCACAGACCUGCCAGUACAUUCUCGGGGUGGAAUCUCCAGUAAUAUGUAAAAUUUUAGAUACCGCAGAUGAGAACGGACUCCUUUCAAUUCCCAACUGACGUGUAAAUGAAGUAAAACAGUCUUCCAGGACCCUGUAAUUAGUACAUAAUGGCAGACUGAGCACUGUACAAAGGAGAAUGAAUAUGAGCCAUCCUGUUUAUAUGUAUGUGUGUAUAUAUUGCAUAAUACAGAAACGUUUUAAAUAUGACAAUCUGUUAUAAAGUUCUCACUUGUUUUUA